GCUAUCUAAUGUUGCAGCUAGCAGAAAGAGUGGGUCCAGUGCCAGAAGGAGGAAGCCGCAUUGCAUUUCUGGCUCAGUGUGUAGCGAGGACAGACCCCUUCCUGGAGAACGAGGAGAGCAGUGCAUUCAGUAGAGCCUUUCCUUCAGUGCCUCAGUUUGGUUUUCAUGCCUUAGGAGAGUAUGGAAUGAGUAGCUCUAGUACAGAAGCUCCAGAAGAAGAAAAACCAAGCAAGAAAAAGAAAUACGAUUUUGAACAUGUCAAUACCACAUCUAUUACAAUAAUAACUUUUAGUAAAGUUAAAUUUAACAAAUAAAUAACUUAAUAUAGUUCCAAAUAAGACUUGAGAUACAGGAGUGUAGUGGUAACUGUAACGUUGAGAGCUGGUUGAACUGAAAUGAUGUUGAGUUUUAUUUCAUAAGAACAAUACCGAACUUCAAUCUAUUUUACACCCUUUUAUCAGCCAGAGUUUUGAGAGUUGUCUUAUUACAUACAAAAUGUAUGUAUCCGAACGUAAAUUCCUUUGUGGUUUUCAAAACCUCUGCAGUGUUUUAUAAUAUUAAGCAUUUAUUUUGAAAAGUAACGUAUAUAUAUAUCAGGAAUAGUAAAAGUAAAACACAGUUUAUUAGAAUUUUUAAAGUAAUUUUACUUUAAAUACAAGAAAUAUAAAAUGAUUUUACAUUUCGCAUUGUUCUUACGGAACAAAAAUCAACAUAACUGCCGGUACAGUUGUUUUAAGUGUGUACUUGCUCCCAACAUCAAAUAAAGUAGGAUAAGGUAAGAGUUUAAUUUUUUGUAUUUAUGAUCAGUUUUAAGAUUAGCUGAAAAUGCCAACAAUUCUCAUGUAUUGAAGAUCAACAUAAUAUUUCUUACAUAAUAAAUCACAAACUUGUCUAAGAAUUUGGACGGUGUGCGAAAAUACAUAUUGUCAAAACAUGACUUAAUUAUCUGUUAACCUAAUAAUAUUUUACUGUUAGUAAUUUAAAGCUCUGGGUGUUAAGAGGUACUAGUUAUUUUUUUGAGGAUAUAGAUAUGAUAUAAAAGUUUGAAUUAUAAACUAUUAUUGACCAAUGAUAAUCAACCAAAUCAGUGUUUCUACUUUCUCAAUACAGCAUGAGAAAAAUAUUCGUCAUCAUUGUAGUAAAAACCAGAGUUGACAAUCCCAAAAAUACCACAAUCAGAAAAUAUAUAGAGAUUAAAUUUUAUCACACCAGACUUGGGCAAAAUUUACCCUUUUAUAGCCCAGUGUCCUCUAACUCGAAUACAACUUAUGAGCCUAAUUUUGGAAACAAUUGGGAUUUAUGUCUGUUAUUUUUCAAACUUUGAAGCUCAAAAAAGAAAAUACUAUAUUUAACAAAAGUGUACUCAAAAAAUGUUUCUUUUUAAUCAUUUUAUUUUUUAUUGGCAAACAAGUAUAAAUAAAUUGAACUAACAUAUUUUAAAGUACAAAGUAAAAAAUGUUCCACAACUAUACAAUUCUCAAGUUGUAUUCUACAAGAAAUUCAAUGUUACAUUUAUACUUAAUUUAUCUUAAAACAUUACUUGUACCUUCUUGGCAUCUCAAGGAAUUAAAUUGUAAUUGAAAAACGGAAAUAAAAAAACUAUGAUUUUAUUACAAAGUAUAUAAAAAAAUGUUAACUAUUUUUUUUUAUUUUCAUUAUAAUAGUUUUCUAGUAAACCUGGUUAUUGGUCAGAAAAAUUAUAAAGAUUUCACACAUUAAGCCUUAGAAAACAUUAAGGUAUACAUAAUAAAUAAUAACUGUAUUAUAAAUUAUGUUUUGAUAGUCAAAUGUUUAUUCUUACGCACUUUUCAGUUUACAUGUAUAGACAGUCUAUCUUUAGUUACACCUAAGUCAGUAAAAGUUCUGUCUCGAGUUGAAAUUGUCAGUAAAAGAACGUUUUGAAAAUAAAAGCGAACUCCUCUAGUACUUUUGACUAGUUUUGUGGUUUUAUUAAUGUUUGACUUUGUAACUCAUAAAAAUUAUUAUAAUGUCUAAGAACAACAGCUUAUAAUAUUAGUAUGCAAUUUUGACCUAUUUAAAUCUAAUCUAAUCUCAUACCACCACACUCCUGCUAUUAUUAGCUAAAUACAUUAAUAGCAUAAGUCAGUUAAAUUGCAAUAUAAGCCUAUAGUUUAAGUUUAAGUUUGUUUUCCUUGUAAUAUAAGUAACUAUCGAACAAGUACAAAGUUUUUUUUACAUAUUAUAGCGUUCGAAUUCAUGUUUAUUAUUAGUUUGCUACUUUUAUCCAAUAAUAUUUGUAGAAAAUAAUAAAGGUGAGCAAUAUUAAUAAUGAGAUUAA